CGAACGCCCACGCGAACGCCGGACGUAAACAAGGCGAGUCGCUUCAAAACUCUUCACUGUCACAAUGAGUGUGACCCUACACACAGACGUCGGUGACCUCAAGGUAGAGCUGUUCUGUGAGCAGUGCCCAAAAACUUGUGAAAAUUUCUUGGCUCUGUGUGCGUCCAAUUAUUAUGAUGGCUGCCUCUUUCAUCGCAACAUAAAGGAUUCAUCUAUACUUGAAAUGAGUAUUCAAUUUGGGGUUGCACUUCCAUUGGCCCUCACAACUUAUUUUUCUAAAUUGAUCAUCGAUGGGCUAGACGUGUUGGAUGAACUGGAAAAAUUGCCUGUGAAUCCUAAAAACCAUAAGCCAACAACAGAAACAAGGAUAAAUAAUAUAACAAUUCAUGCAAAUCCCAUUGCAGGAUAGUGAACUUUUAUGAUGUGUUUGAUGAGAGAUAUUGGAAAAGGAAUUUUAUCAAUAAAUAUGGUCAGUUUUCUA